UAAACUUCGUUAAAAUAAUAAUAAUGUUGAGUAGAAUAUUGAGUGCAAGAAGUUUCUGGCUCACAUUACAAUAUAAACGAGAAAUUAAAGUUGACCAAAGAAAGUCGACAUGAAAAACUUCUCUUUCCAAUCCAUAACCUGCCUCCUUUUUAAAUCAAGCAGUGAUUUGGCGAUCCCAUCCCAUCUCUAGCAUGCUUAUGUAAGCUAGCAUUGGCAGAUGCAGUCUUUUCUUGCUUAUGUGUCUUCUUCUGUUUAGAAUUUUCAGAGUUUGUUUCUAAAAAAAUUGUUGACUUUAUAUUUUCUUAUUAACCUUGGACAGUGACCAUUGACCAUAAUAACAAGCUGCUUUCCUUGAAGUUAGUAAAUGGUUAUCAGUCUACCCAUUUUUGGGAGAACAAAGCUCUUAACAUAAAUCAAAUUUAGAGAGUAGUCCCCGAAAUCAUCAGAAGCAAAGGAAAAAAGAAGAAUAUAAUGAAGAAAGAAAGUGAUGUGUUAGUGAUUGAUUGUAGAUCAAUGGCCGGUGUUUCACCAAUGGCAGCUAGUUCUCUUGCCCAACAGCCAUUCCCAACACCAUCGCCAUUCACUUUCUCAAUUGCCUCUGCCAGGUCGAACACUAGACCUUCUAUCCAUCUUUGCUCUCUCAUCCUUCGGUUCUCGGCACUUAUUUUCUCCUUUGUAUGCGCUUUCUCACUGGCCACAUCAACACCAAAGAAACAAGGCAGAGCACCUUCUAACUUCAAUGAGUACCCAGAAUUAAUGUACUGCUUUAUUGUAAACAUAUUUACUUUCAUCUACUCGGCUUUCCAACUUUUCAAAGGUGUCUGUGACAUUACCUAUAGAGGCAUUCUCAUCCCAGAUAUGAUCUCAGACUACAUUAGCUUCAUCCUUGAUCAGUUGGUGGGUUACCUUCUCAUUUCGUCAUCCUCAGUAGCAAUACCAGCUAUUCAACGCAUUGAGCACACUGCAUCACUCUCGAAGGCAACCAUCAUUGCCAUCAAGGCAUAUCUUUUUCUUCAUUUCAAGGGCAAUCAGGUCAAGCCAACGUCUUAUCUGCGUGAUUUGGACAUCAAAGGCGACUGUCAUACCCAGUAUGAAAAUAUGAAGGGACGUGUAAGAUGGAAUGAAGCUAAUCUUGUUGAAAAUGAGACAAAUAAACCUGUACGGCAAAAGAUUUCUGAACCCAAGACACCAUUUCAUCAAAUGAUCGAGGAAAAUGAUACACCAUCCCCUAUACCAGAAUCUGUUGCAAGCGUUGGUUAUGCUGAACAUGCUGAAGCUAUAAGAAAUGCUUUAAAUGUGGUUUCGACUCAGAAGCAUUCUGCACCUUUAGAGGGAUCUGUAUCGUCAUCAUCUGAGGAUGACGCUGAUGCCAUGGAACAAGAUGAAGGUUCUGUAAAGAUUAAUCGAGACAUGAGCUUUAAUAGUCACAGGAAAGCACAUUAUGACGAAUUCUUGAGGGUGAAAGAGCUUAAGCAAAAGGGAUAUUUUGAGGAUGAAGAUUAUGAGGAUCAUAAUGCAAGGAAGCAUAAUUCACCUUCAUUGCUUAGCGAUGGGGUGAGAGCAAUACAAAUUGAUGACAAUGGGGUGAGAACAAUACACAUUGAUGGGGAUGAUGAGAUUCUGCGAACAAUAGACAUUCAGGAAGAUGCUGAGAGUCUGCCUCGAACAAUAGACAUUCAUGAAGAUGCCGAGAGUCUGCCUCAAGGACGAUUUCUUCCACAUGAGAGAACUUAGAACCUAGAAUGCGAAGCUGACUGAAAAAAAGUUUUCAUUUUAGAUGAUAUUGUUUGCAUGUGUUCUAUAGUUGAAAUACAAUAUGUUAUGAACUUUGGACUCGUUUCUUUUUUUAUAACCAAAAAGAAAAAAACACUUUCAACAUAACUUAAAAGGGAAAGAUUUGCUGAAUGAUAAGUACUUGUUAUUAACUUUGAACAA